ACGAUGGUGAGCGACUUUAAAAUAACAUUAGUCGAUGAAGAAAGUCUAUCCAGUUUACCAGGUGCUCCUUAUUCAUAAUCACGUUCAAUACAUACUUCUAAUGUUAAAUCUGAAACUAUUUGAUUCACUAAUUUUUACAAAGCGUCUCCGCAAUAGGCACAGUUAACAUGAUGUAUUUGAGAUUACAAAAGUCUUAUAAAAUAAGAGACGAUAAAAGACGCGAAAGAAGUUAUCCUAUUAUAAACAAUAGAGACUUCCGGAACUUUCCUCACAAACACGUCAUAAACACGAAAGCAAGAGCGACAUCAAUUUGUAUGGUCGGUGUCCCAAAUAGCACAACGCGAUUGAUAUGCGCAUUGGCAGCAACGCGUAGUAAUCCGGUUGGCGUGCACAUUAGAAAUCGAGGCCUUCUCGAAAGACGCGUCAUGACCUCAAUUCAGCAUCAAAAGCUCCAAAAACCAUUUUCCCAAACAUAA